AUGGACCCGGACGAGUACCCUGAGGUUGACCGAUCGGUCAAGCAAAUAUCCUUCCAACUUCAUCCCAGAUUUAAAAAUCAAAGAACGUAUCAAAUACCAGCAAGAAGAGAGCCCAAAAAUUCACAUUCCUUCCAGUAUGACUUUUCUUUGGAAGAAAGGCUUCAAGAAAUCUUCCUCAAACGACAGAAGAAUGAAGAAACAGACGAGGAGGUAGUAAUUGACGAAGGAGAUGAUCAAACAAUCUCUGCAGCUCAAAAAACGCCCCCUCCUAUACCUCCAAGAAGCUCCAAAACGACGGAUCAAAACGAUUCCGGAGUGUCGUCGAGCAAUUCUGAAAACGGCACCGAAGAUCUCCUCACACUACACAACUCGUCGAAGAUCUUACAGCCCUCGCCCAGCUCCCUUGCCCAGCCUAUUAUUCCUCCGCGUAAAUCGAACUCCGUGAUAGACGUAUUUGAAAACUUCCACGAUGAUCCCUGGGAAGCGGCCCGAAUCAGUUCCAUCAAUGAGCACGAAGAACUCAAGUCAAUUUUCACCCACUCAGAACCAGCGCCGUCCCCAGCAAUCACGAGUACCCCUGUCCCCAAGAAGCAGCAGAAACAACUCACUGACAACUUGAUUGUUGCUGACAUCGAAAGUUUACUUGCUCAGCGACGAAAUCAAAACGAGCAAGAGCGGAAACAGAACUUCUCUAAGUCCGCCCUUGCCGCCCUCAAUUCGCUCCCUGUAAUAGAGAACAGGUCAUCGACGCCAACUCAACGCGGCAUUUCACCGAUCUCCGCGGCUCCUGCGAGACCCAAAACGGAGCAGGAAAAGUUCGUCGACCAGCUAGCUGAGAUGGGCUACAACCGAUGCAUAAUAGCCAAGGCUACUCAGAUUCUUGGCGAUGAUCGGUCAAAAAUAAUGGAUUAUCUGAAUGCAUACUCGGUGCUAAUAGAAAAGGGGUACCCUUCAGGGAAAGUUCUCCAAGUGCUGCAAAUCUGCGAGAACUCUCUCGAGGAGUCGAAAAUCUUCUUCGAGAAGAGCCCGAAAUAUAUCGAGAUGGGUUUCGACCUCACCGCGAUAAGAAAAGCCCUCAUCCGAUAUCCAAAUGAACCGCGACUGCAGCUCGAGAGCCUCGUACAAGGCCGCACAUGA